AUGUGCACACUCCUACACAUGGUAGGAAAUUCAUCUGCCCAUCCAGGCGGUCCGGUAGGAAUACCAGGUUCUACACGAUUAUCCGCCAUUUCAACUCAUCCCGCUCGGACUGCAAACUGGCCAUAUCGACCCGAUCGGCCGUACCCAUCUCGGAGACACAUCAUCAUCCUUUGCCCCACAUCCAUUCAGACACCCUGGACGUCUCGACUCUGGGGGACGCCGGUGAUCUCAACCAAUCAGCUUAGAACCACACACCUGGCCAAGGCCCUUAUGCAACACCUGGAGUGGCGACAUGUGUUCGAGCGAUUCUGUUUCCUACCCCAUUAG